ACAGCCUGAGGCUCAACUAAGAAAGACAUGGAGGACUUCCCCCAGGCUAUCCUACACCGUAGUAGAAGGCGACGUACGCGGGCGUCGAGCGAGUACCUUGGAGUCCGUCGCAGACCGUGGGGGCGCUACGCCGCUGAGAUCCGGAACCCUUACACCAAGGAGAGGCAUUGGCUCGGCACCUUCGACACUGCAGAGGAAGCUGCACUCGCCUACGACCUCUCCUCUAUUUCCUUCUGUGGGCCAGCAAGAGCUCGGACGAACUUCCGCUACCCUUUCCUGCCCGCUCCAUCGCCGCCACCUCCUCCACCGCCACCGCCACCGCCUCCAUCGCCCUUGUCCGAGGAGACGAAUGUGUGCUACUUCGAGGUGGAUUCCACGGGCGAUGAUGACUCCAUGACCAUUGCUGCCAUCCUGCAGAGUUUUCGACAGUCUACGUCCCUCUCUUCCUCCUCUCUUCUCUUCUGAGAUCCGAUAUGGCCGCCAUAAUUGGAAUAAGAUAGUUACGAGGAAGUAGAAACUGAGGUGAGUCAAUGGUCAGUGAGAUGACCAGAGGAACAACUUAGUUACUAUUAUUACUGGAAGUUUGCCAAUAUCAUCAUUGAUCCCUUACCAUGGGUCAAAAAGAUGUUCUUGGAUGAUAGGUUUCUUAAUGUCAAAGCACGUAUUUUGUGAUUUCAUGAUCUUGAUGAUGUUGGAAGAUCAUAAAGGCUAAUUGAACUAUUGGGAUUGGAUGCGAGAUGACUGAUUUCAUAUCUUCUGUGGGUGGAGAUAUUAACACAAGGGUUUUCCACGAGCUAUGUGGAAUUCUCUCCAUUUCUUACGACGACUGCAUUCCAUAUGAGUAGUUGAGAAGGAUCGAGUCAAAAAGGAUUUGUUGUGCAGUUGGAUUUUCUG